GGAGUGCACGUCUCUGUUCCCUUCGCUUCAACAUCGACGCACGUUCGCUCGUAAUUAACAUAAAUGAAAAAAUAAUUAAUACAGUUCUAACUUUGUGUGCUGUGCCCAAAUUGGAUUUGAACGUGUCUGUGUCUCACGAUUUCAGUGACUGAGUUACUAUAUUAAAUUAAAUAUUAACCGGUGAAAGGACUCUUGCUGAAAACUGAAGUUAUUCUUUUAAAGACGCACAUUCGUUAAUGGUCUGGCUAUAAGGGCUCAUGACUCCUCAAAACGAAACUUUAUAACGACAAGCUUCUGCCUACUUCGGUCCAAGGUAGCGUAUACAUGAGAUGUUAUGGGCUCACGCGGCUUUGAAAAGUGGCAGUGGUUGGUGGUAGUCGUGGCGUGGGCAUGUGGUGCCGCUGCAAGAACUCUAUGCCCACCGCGAUGUGCAUGCGACGACGCAUUGAGAGCUGCCUCGUGCGCAAAUGCCGGUCUAGAGAUCGUUCCCAUCCAAUUGAACCCAGAAGCAACCCACAUCAACUUAACUCACAAUGCCAUCGACAAUCUUUUGUAUACGUUCGCUUUUUAUACACAACUCACCAUCCUCGAUAUAUCUUAUAAUCGUGUACAAGAUUUAGGUAGUAAGAAUUUCGAUAACAAUAUGGAGAUGACUCACCUGAAUGUUAGUCACAAUGCGCUAAAACGACUGGAUAAAGACACAUUUGUGGGCCUUAAGAGAUUGAUUGAUUUAGACUUAUCAGAUAAUGAAAUUUCAAACAUACAUCUUCAAACUUUUAAGGAUCUAACUACACUAGAACGGCUCGAUUUAUCAAACAACAAACUUGUGAAUUUCGAAGCUGAAACAUUUGAACCACUUUCUUCCCUUAAAAUACUUUCUCUUAAAAAUAAUUCUAUUUUAGAAAUACCAUCAGCAAAUCUGUUUUUUGUUGUUCAUUUGGAAUAUUUGGAUCUCUCAGAAAAUUUAAUUCAACAAAUAGAUAAGCAUGGAAUUCCAUUUUUGAAAGAGUUGAAGCAUUUAGAUUUUAACAAUAAUAUCAUUGAAGGUGUCGACCAGUUGGGUUUUCACAAUUUACCUUCUCUGCGUUAUUUAGAUCUCAGCGAUAAUAAUUUGACAUCGAUCCCUACAUCCGCUCUGUCGAAACUAUCAAACUUGUCACAUUUGUACUUAAGUGGAAACUUUUUUCAUAACAUUUCAUCAUUGUCUUUCCAAAGCUUGUUCCACUUAAAACAUUUGCAUUUGAGUAGACUGUAUGAGCUAGAGAAAGUAGAUUCCAGAGCAUUUGUAGAUAAUAUUAAUUUACAAAAAAUAUGGAUGAAUGAAAAUUUAAAAGUGAGAGAGGUUCCACCAAGACUAUUUCAUGGAAAUCCAAAAUUAACGCACAUUUAUAUGAGAAAUAAUGCACUAGAAACGCUUGAAGCAUCUCAUUUCCCAAUCGAUACUCUUCAAGAACUAGAGAUUUCUGGUAAUCCUUUUGUAUGCAAUUGUUCUUUACUUUGGCUUUGGAAACUCGGUAGAGACUGUGAAAUACGUAACAAAAAGUUUGACAAUACAAGUACUAUAUUGAGGAUCGACUAUGAGGAUGUGAAAUGUGCGGCGCCUGGACAUUUAACAGGCGUUUUAUUCGUGCAAAUUCCGGAAUCAGAGUUUAGAUGUUCAAGUGGAUGGGUGGUUGUUGCGAUUGUGGUGCUAACUGUGAGUAUAAUUAUAAGUAUCGUGGGUGGAUUCCUGUAUUUCAUGGGUCCGUUAAAAAGGUGUAAAGGAGAUAAAUCAAAGCAAGUUAUGAACAGUGUAAUGUUAAACGCUGACGUAUCUAAAUUAGGAAAUGGAUUAGGAUACUCAACACGCAGUAGGGAGCAGGAUAAUAAAAGAGAAGUGGACAGGUAUCUUAUGAUCGGUUCGUCAGUAACCAACAAUUUUCACUCCUUAAAUCCUCCCUGGCAUAGUGUGGACAAAAAUCCAUAUUAUCAAGAAGAUAGCGAAGAACAUAUCUAUCAGCAAUUCGCAUAUGAAACUAUACCUCAUCACAGAACCCCAGAGAAGCCACACAUAGUGUACGUUUAACAAAAAUUUACAAUUAUGGACAAUAAAAAUCGAGUAAUAUCAUUCCUUCGUCGUAUUAUGGAAGACAUUCAUUAUAGACAUAGUGAUUGACGGAGAUAUUGAAUUUUGCAAUAAUGUAAAUAGUGAUGGUUAAAACUGUAAUAUGUGAUAGCUUUGUAUAUAGAUAUGUAAAUAUAAUAUUACCGAUAAAGACAUUUUCGAUUGUGUACUUAAAUUGUUUAGACAUGUUAUAUUGACGUCGUUUUAAUAAUUUGCCCUUUAUUAUUAAUCUCCUUUUAGAUUUAGUAUUGAUUUGUAAUGGUCAUAGUUAUGUUUGCAUUUAAGUUUAUGCAGUAAGUUUUUUCAGAUGUAACACAAAUUUAUAAAAUAUGUACACAAUAGAUUAUUUAAUCGUUUCGUUUUAGUAAUUCCUGAACAAUAUUGAUGCGAUUUGUAAAAUAAUUUAAAAAUAAUAAUGACAUGUAAUUUAUAUGAUAAAUAUCUGUGUAAUUGCAUAGUAGUUAUACAUAUAUUUUCUGAAUGAAAACACCAAAACAUGAUGAAAACUUUGUACAAAUGCGAGCAAUAUAGAUUAAUAAUUUCAAAUACUAUAAUACGUUAAUUUUUAUUAAAUCAUUGUUAUAGCGUGUAAUUGUAUUUAGAAGAAAACAGAAUAACAUGUAUAUGUACUGCUUAGAAAAAUCAUAGCCUAUCUGCAUAGAAGUUCUAGAGUAUUUGCCUCAAUUUGUAAUGGCAAUGUUCUUGCAAUUAAACAUUUCAUUUGGUAUACGAGAUAAUUCUAAGGCCUCGAUUUCGUGUUAGAGUUGUUUGCACGGGGCCAAUAUUUGAGCCAAUGUUUGUAUGGGUUGGCUAUUUGACUGUCUUCCUAAUUUGAAACCUUAAAAACGAGUUUGAUUAGCGAAUUUUUAAUUAUAAACUUUAUUAAAAACCAAUAAAGUAUAUUUAACUGGAAUAUAUUGUAUGUUUAAAUUUAAAAAUGAAGGCAAAUACUUUAGCGUUAAAACUUAUCAUAUAGAAAAUAUUAUUAUAAACCAGCUGCUCUGAUGGUGAGGGGUACAAAUCAAAUAAUUACAUUAUUUAUUGGCUAUUUUUGUAUAUUGAUUUCAUGAUAAUUAUUUGAAGCAUUUCGUUGAAAAGAUAUUAAAUUAAUAUUUUUAUACUUAGGGAAUAUUAAUUGUAUGAGACAAGUGGUUCAAAGUUACUAACUAAGUUCGUUUACUCUUCUUAUCUUUGUGUACGUAAGUUGCUCAAAUUGUUUCGUAUACUUAAAUUUUUAUGACGUACAUAAAUAAUAUAUUAGCAUAAAAAAUAUUUACAAAAUAGUUAUAUAAUAAGCAAUACAGAUAAAUAAUAAUAAUAAGGUCAUUGACAUUAUAUAUAAUUUUAAAAUUCGAAAAAACAUUAUUAAUUUAUAUUUAAAAAUAUAUUCACUUAAUUGCCUAAAUGAUUAUCUUAUUGUUAGUAACUUUAGAACCACAAAAAUAAUGUUAUAGCUGAAAUUAAUCUUAAAAUAUACUUUUUUAACAAUUCUAUUUAUCUUAUAUACUUUUCAUAAUAUAUGCCUACUUCAUAACCAAUCAACUAUACCUAUUCAAUCGAUAGUACAGUCAUAGUGAUAGCGUAAGACUAUUUAUACAUACUUACUACUUUAAAAAUUUUGUUAUGAAACUUAUUUAAAUAUAUAAUGCAUUGAAACAAACGACAAAUAAACAAUUAAAAACAA